AUGGUUUUCUCAAAGCAGUCGGUGCUGAAGCACCUCAACUUCAUCACCAUCCACUAUGCCUGGAUCAUCUUCUGCGGCCUAUUAGGCCUCAUUGUGCUCGCGCCCGAGGGCAACGUUGCGGCCGUCGAUGCGUACUUCUUUGGCGCCAGCGCUUCAACCGAGUCUGGUCUCAAUACCGUAGACGUCAAGGAGCUUCGCACGUAUCAGCAGAUCUUCCUCUACGUGAUUCCCAUCAUCACAAAUCUUGGCGUCAUCAACAUCAUUGUUGUCGUGGUGCGCAUUCUGUGGUUCAAGAGGAGAUUUAGGGCUGUCUCAUCCACCCUCGUCCGUCCUGAACCUAAAGGUGUCGUCUUCUCCCUGCGUAGACGCGGAGAGGACGAUGUUGAAGCCCAUCCUCGUCCGCUCUGUGCUCCGACCGACUCAGUUGCCGCAGAUAUAGAGGCACAUUCCGAUUUGACAAGCCGUACGGAGACCUCGACCGGGACUGGGAAGAUUGCCAACACGGCGGAGACCUCAGAGAAGACCAGCAAUACAGACCGUGCACUUUACAUUCCGAGCCCUCGGGACCGUGAUGAUGGAAAGUCCUUCAUCGAGAAAGAAAUCGCAGCAGGGAAUGACUUCUCUGGUCAAAAUAAGGACGACGAAGACGACCAAAUCAAGCCUGUACCCCAUGCCAACAACAACCGGAGACUGUCCAUGUUAACCUAUCGCUCGCGCGCCGGCAAUAACGACGAUAUGCGCUUGUCCGCCGCCAAGUCUAUCGAGAAUGCCGCGGGCUCCAUGUUCAUCUUGGGUGCACGUGCGAAUGACAACGGCAGACGCUCUGACGUCUCGCAACUUCCGCGACCAAACGACCUUCCUGGCUUGUCUAAGCAGGUGACCAUUGGCCGCAACUCGCAAUUCUACGACCUCAGCGAGGAGGACGAGGAGAAGCUUGGUGGCAUCGAAUAUGCUGCGCUCAAGCUGCUGCUCAAGAUUGUUAUUGGAUAUUACGUAGGCUUGCACCUGCUUGGAAUCAUUGGGCUGAUACCCUGGAUCCAUACCGCUCCAUCAAAGUACAGAGAGUACUUGAUUGAGUGUGGCAACGACUUCUCGUGGUGGGCUAUCUAUUCAACCCAGACAAUGAUAAACAACCUGGGCUUCACUCUCACUCCUGACUCGAUGAUUUCGUUCCGCGACGCCACCUGGCCGAUGCUGCUUAUGACCUUCCUCGCGUUUGCCGGCAACACGCUUUAUCCAGUCGUGCUCCGACUAGUGAUCUGGAUUGUGUACAGAGCCACACCUACUCACUCCCCCAACAAGAUGACUCUGAAGUUCCUCCUCGACCACCCGCGCCGCUGCUACACCCUUCUCUUCCCCAGCCGACCAACCUGGAUUCUCUUUGGCCUCAUCGCGGCUCUUAACAUCGUCGAUGUGAUCCUCAUCAUCGUGCUCGACCUCUACAACCCAACCAUCACAGAUCUGCCCAUGGGUCCGCGGAUCCUCGCCGCGCUGUUCCAAGCCGCGUCAUCGCGCCAUACGGGAACAGCGACAAUGAACCUCGCCGAGAUCAACCCGGCUGUCCAAUUCUCUCUGCUCGUCAUGAUGUACAUUGCUAUUCUCCCUAUCGCAAUCAGCAUUCGCACGUCCAACACCUACGAGGAGCAGGCCCUGGGUAUCUACAGCCAGGAGCACCAGGCCCUGGACGAGUCUCGCGCGUCGAGUUACUUUAUGAUGCACAUGCGGAACCAGCUCAGCUUCGAUCUGUGGUACAUCUUCCUGGGCACAUUCUGUCUCUGUGUCGCGGAGUCUGAAAGGAUCGCCGACAACAACGAGCCUGCCUUCUCCGUCUUCUCUGUCUUCUUCGAAGUCGUCUCAGCAUAUGGCAACGUCGGCCUCUCCCUCGGGCACCCCACCGUCUCGACCUCGCUAUGUGGGCUCUUCGGCAUCUUCGGCAAAGUCGUCAUCUGCGCCAUGAUGAUCCGCGGCAGGCAUCGCUGUCUGCCAUACACGCUCGACCGCGCCAUCAUGCUGCCCGGCGAAGCGGCCCCCGGUGGCGGGGAUUACGAGGACAGCGGCGCCACGCGUAGCAGGCUACGCCCGUCAAUGACUCUCUCGAGGGCUUCGUCCAGGCAGGUCGCUGUCUUUGGUGAAGGUGCGGACGCGGGCAAGACGAAAGCUAGUUAG